AUGCGGCUCAAAGUUCGGUCGAACGUGCGUCAACCGGCCAUCGCCAUUGCGGGGUUGGCUUGCGAGACCUCGACGUUUUCUCCGGCCCGAACCGAAGCAGCUGCCUUCCAUCCCCGUCGCGCACACGAGAUCAUCGAGGAGUAUUCCUUCUUCUUGGGCGCAGACACAGAUCUUGGACAAGCGGCCACAUGGCAUGGGGCGCUCAUCGGCCAUGCCUUACCAGGUGGGGUUGUAACGCGGGAUGCCUUUGAAGAACUGGCCGGGGAGCUAUUGACUCGACUCGCUGAUAUUCAUGCGGCGACUACGCUAGACGGACUGUGGUUGGACAUCCAUGGAGCAAUGUGCGUCGAAGGGUUGGUAGACGUCGAGGCAGAGCUUCUACGUCGGAUUCGACAGGUGAUCGGGCGGAGGGUGAUGGUGUCUGCGUCCAUGGACCUGCACGGGAACGUCUCUCCAGAGUUGGCGCACCAAGUCGACCUCAUCACAUGCUUUCGUACGGCUCCUCAUGAAGAUGAGAUGGAGACCAAACAACGAGCAUGCUGGAAUUUGGUCACGUUGUUGUCGACGAGGGAUGAUGAAGAUGGUCAUCACAACACCCAUCUUCGCCCGCUGAAAGCGUGGUGUGAGAUUCCCAUCCUACUACCCGGAGAGCAAACGUCAACUCGAGAAGAGCCCGCCAGGAGCUUGUAUCACCAGCUGCCCAUGGUUGAGGCGCUGCCGUCGGUAAUAGAUGCCGCCAUCUGGGUGGGCUACGCAUGGGCUGACGAGCCGCGCAACCACGCCGUCGUGAUGGUGACAGGCUGGGAUGCGCAAAUUGUGCUAGAGCAAGCAGAGCAAUUGGCUCGACGGUUCUGGGACGCUCGGAAACAGUUUCAUUUCGUCGCUCCCACGGGCACAUUGACCGAGUGUCUUGCAGCGGGUCUCAAGUCUCAUCGGCGCCCCUUUUUCAUUUCAGACUCUGGCGACAAUCCGACCGCCGGAGGCGCUGGCGACGUAACUUGGACUCUGGCUCGUAUUUUAGCGCACCCAGAGUUUCAAAAUCCAGAUGAAGGGCCUUCGGUCAUCUACGCGAGUCUUCCAGCCCGCCAUGCGGCCGAAACUAUUGCGCGUGCGGGUGUCGGAGCCACCGUGACCGUUGUCGCGGGCGCCGAGAUUGACCACGUUCAUCAAGGGCCAAUCACCAUGACCGGUUUGGUCCAUUCCGUUCGACACGGGGAUCGAGAUGCAGUGAUCGAAUGCGUUCUUCAAAUCGGCAGUGUGUUUGUCAUCAUCACCAAGCUACGAAAACCGUACCACCACGAGUCGGAUUUUGUGCAAUUGAACCUACAUCCUCGCUCGGCGGACUUGGUCGUUGUGAAAAUCGGGUAUCUCGAGCCUGAGCUGUUUGACAUGGCUGCGGAUUGGAGACUGGCACUCACUCCAGGCGGCGUCGAUCAGGACCUGCAGCGACUUGGACACAGUCGAAUUCAUCGGCCCAUGUGGCCCUUGGAUCGCAAUUUUGCUCAUCCUCCUAAUCUCACAGCUCGAAUGAUCCCGCCAUCUGACCGGCCAUUCUCUACGGAUCACUCGCCAGAUCACACUCGCCGCAUUGGCGAAUCUGACGGGCGUUAA